AUGGCUUGUGACAGCAUAGUAUGUUUGGUGCAGUGGAUAGUCUUCGUACCCACUCUCAUCGCAGGUCUACCACUCAACUUAGCUGCCUUGUGGUUACUGUUAUUUCGAGUUCGUCGCAGGAGCGAGUCGACAGUUUACCUGCUCAGUCUGGUUCUGAAUGACUGCCUACUGCUGUUCUCACUGCCCUUCAAGAUGCACGCGUACAAUCGGGAGUGGAAGUUGGGCCGUGGUUUCUGUUCUAUGCUGGAGAGCCUGGUCUACGUCAACAUAUAUGGCAGCAUCUUGCUGACCGUCUGCAUCUCCGUCGAUCGCUACGUAUCCCUGUGUUCUCCUUUUACUGCCAGGCGUCUCCGCUCACCCAGAAAGGCCUGGAUCGUUUGUUUCGCUAUCUGGUCCAUAAUAUGUGUCGCCAGCUUCCCAGUUUACUCUUUCCACUCCGCAAACAGCACAGAUAAGUACUGUUUCCAGAACUUCUCCAAUGAUACUUGGAAUCAAGUGGGGCUUGUGGUCUCCAUGCAGGUGGUCUUUUGCAGCAGUGCUCUGGUAAUGGUGUUCUGCACGCUGCAGGUGGUGAGGAUCCUACACAGGCUGCGGCGACGGAACCCCGAAGACGAAAAGCUACGGAACAACAAGAGUAUUAAGAUCGUUAUGAGCAACCUCUUCGUCUUCCUCGCGUGCUUCAUCCCGUACCACGUCGCUGUGCUGAUUUACUUCGUAGCAAAGAACGUGGGAGGCUCGGAAAUCCACCCUUUACGAGAAUUCGUACAUAUAAGUUCAUGUGUGAGCAGCAUCAACUGUUUGGCAGAUGGAGCUUGUUACUACUUCAUACUCAAAGAGAACCUCCAGUCAGCGCUGAGAGAGAGGAGAGCAGUCAUCUGUAUCAGAGACACACGGACCAAACCACCACAGACAGUGACUCAAAGUACUCUUUUGGAUGUGCAUGAUAAUACACAGACUGGCAAACAGACAGAUAUUUCAGAAAACCACACAGAUGCAUGUGAACGUCAAACGGAAUCAAUUUCACAUACAGAUAAACUCUGA